AUGGAUUCCACCGCGGAAGCAGGAGCUGCACCUGCAGCAACCGCGGCAGAGGCGACAGCGCCCGCCGCCGCGACGGCGCCUACACCGGCAUCAGCACCACAGCAACAGCAGCAACCAGCACAAACGGAAGCAAUUCCCGCAGCUCCACCACCCGCGCAAACGACGCAGCAGCAACAGCAACAAAAGCCGCAGCAACAAAAGCCGCAGCAGCAGCAGCAGCGACCUCCCGCCGUGCAGACGCGUGAUCGAUUCUUCCAGCAAUCGCUCGGCGGCUCCUUGAACGCCAAUGUGAAGAAGGUACGUCGCAACCCUCGUCAGAGCCCCGGCGCAUCAGACCACGCGACCUACCCAGCAUCGCGGCUUUCAUCCAACGGCGUCCCCUUUGCCUGUUCCAGAAGCACAAUUUUUUCUCCGAUGAUGGGUUUCGAUGCAAUUGAAGAGUCAAUGGAGCUGACUUACAACACGCAGGCGCGCGUUCUUAUGGUUGGAGCUGGCGGUAUCGGAUGCGAAUUACUCAAGAACAUCGUGCUUACGGGUUUUGGUGAAAUUCACGUCGUCGACCUCGACACAAUCGAUUUGAGCAACCUCAACCGACAAUUCCUCUUCCGACACGAGCACAUCAAGAAGUCCAAGGCAUUGGUGGCCAAGGAUGCUGCGCAGCCCUUCAACCCCAAGGUCAAGAUCGUCGCGCAUCAUGCCAACAUCAAGGACGCCCAAUUCAACGUCAAGUGGUUCCGCGACUUCAACAUUGUCUUCAACGCGCUGGAUAACCUUGAGGCUAGACGGCACGUCAACAGGAUGUGCUUGGCCGCGGACGUACCUCUCAUCGAGAGCGGCACGACGGGAUUCAACGGCAACGUCCAGGUCAUUAAGAAGGGUGUUACCGCAUGUUAUGACUGCACGCCCAAGGAGACGCCCAAGUCUUAUCCAGUCUGCACCAUCCGAAGCACCCCUAGCCAGCCCAUUCACUGCAUCGUGUGGGGCAAGAGCUAUCUUCUCAACGAAAUUUUUGGCGCGAGCGAAGACGAGUCCGCUUUCGACAACUCGGCCGAUGCCGACAAUGCCAAGGAAAUUGAAGAGUUGAAGAAGGAAGCCGCGGCUCUGAGAACGAUUCGCGAAUCCUUGGGCACCGAUGCGUUCCCGCAGCUGCUCUUCGAUAAGGUCUUCAACGCCGACAUCAUGCGACUUGCGUCCAUGGAAGAUAUGUGGAAGUCCAGACGGAAACCCGAGGCUCUCGACUACAAGACCCUGUCAGAGCAGUCAGCCGCAGCCCUCGCCUCGAAAGAGAGUAUUCUGCAGGGAGGACAGCAAGUAUGGGCGUUGGAGGAGAAUUUUGCAGUCUUCGUCGACAGCCUGGAUCGUCUGAGCAAACGGAUGCAGGAGCUGAAAAAGGCGCACAAAGAGGACGCAUCUGGACCUGAGCCCCUGAUCACCUUCGACAAGGACGACGAGGACACGUUGGACUUUGUGACCUCGAGCGCAAAUAUUCGAUCAUCCAUCUUCGGCAUUGAGAGAAAGUCGCGCUUCGAUAUCAAGCAGAUGGCCGGUAACAUUAUCCCUGCCAUUGCGACAACCAAUGCCAUUGUCGCCGGCCUGUGUGUUUUGCAGUCGUUCAAGGUGCUGAGAGGCGAUUUUACUCAAACCAAGGAGGUGUUCAUCUCUCCUCACAAUCCUGCCCGUCUGCUUAACUCGAGCAAGUACCGCGCCCCUAACCCAGAUUGUCCGGUAUGCAGCGUAUAUCAGACGAGCGUCACUGUCGACAUGUCCCGAGCGACGCUCAAGGACUUUGUGGAAGACUUUGUGCGCCUGGAGCUUGGCUACGGUGACAAGGAGUUCGCCCUGAAUAAUGACGUCGGGCCGCUCUACGACCCGGAUGAGACGGAGAACCUCUCCAAGAAGCUCAGCGAGCUUGGGAUCAAGGAGGACUCUUUCCUCACCAUUAUUGACGAGGACGAUGAAGAGCCCUAUGUCAACGUCGUCAUCAGCAUUCAGGAAUCCAAGGAGCCCCUGACUGACAAGCCCAUCCAGGGCUUGGUCGCGGACAAGAAGCCCGAGAUCCCUCGCAAGCCCAAGAAGGAGGCAUCUGCCGAAUCCAACGGCACGAGUGAGCCAAAUGGCAAGCCCGCUGGUGAGGCAUCGGAGGGGACACCUAAUCUCAAGCGGCCCCGGCCGGAUGACGGAGACGAGCCGAUCGAAGCUAAGAAGGCCAAGGUUGUCGCGACCACGAGCGGCAGCGACGACGUGGUUAUUGUGGACGAUUCUACCGGCGGAGCCAUUGUCAUUGACGACGACUGA